AUGGACGACAAGCUAAAUCGGCAGCACAUCCGACGCCACGAAAACUCGUCUCAAGUCAUGACGGCGCCGUUGUUGUGCAGCAAAGAAUUACCCACACGAUUCUCAACACCAUCAAUACCACCCCCCACAGCUGGCCAUACAUCCAUCAAAGCCCCCAUGAAAGUGGCCAAUGCAACAACCAAGACAACCCCCAACGCAGCCCCCAACGUAGCCCCCAGCGUAGCCCCGAAAGCAACCCGCAUUGUAGCCCGCAAUAUGACGGUCCCAAGUACAGCCCUCAAAGCACCUCACAACGUAUUCCCCAACACAGUCUCCAAGGCAGCUCCCUAUGUAGCACACGAAAUAAUCACCGAAAUCAGCAUUUACUACCCCAUCGGCUUCUCAGGUUCAUGUGGUGGCACGUCGAAGCCUACUACGAAAAAAAAGGCAAAAAUUCGUCAACAGCAACGCAAGUACGAUUCAAACGAGGACGUGAAAACCGCCGUAAAGUGCUCCAGAACGAGAACGUUGCAGACGUGCAUCGAAUACGUUAACCUCCCAAGCGAAGUGGCGACAGAAAAACCCGGACAAGGCUCGACGCUUGCUGCAUGUGCACGACACAGCAAGGGUGGACGCCUUGAAAUGAUUGUUGUCGUCAGUCGACAUGCGCUGAAUAGCUCUAUUAUGGUGUGGGGUGCUUUUUCCGGCUCCGGUGUGUCCGAGCUUGCGUUCCUGGAGGGCUCCCAAACGACCGAGAAAUACGUCGACACUUUGGCGAAGUACUUUUUUCCCUUCGGCCAUGAAUUUUACGGUGAACAAUUCACGUUAAUGCAAGAUGGGGACUCCAUACACCGUGCACAUCAAACCAUGGAGUUUUUGGCCGAACAUAAUGUUCAGCUUUUCGACCAUCCAGCCUUGUCACCGGACCUCAAUCCCAUAGAGAAUGUUUGGGGUGUUUUUGCACGUGCAGUCUACGCAAAUGGCCGGCAAUUUACAGCGAAAACCGAGCUUAUCCUGGCCAUCAAGAGGGCGUGGUCGAAUCUUGGUCGCCCCUACCUGUUGACACUUGCCAAGUCGAUGCCAAAUCGCUGUGUCGAGGUUAUUCUGGCUCAAGGAGGGAAGAUCGACUACUAG